AUGCACUGGUUUCCUGUGUUGUUUUUCCUUGGCACAGUAGCGCUGAUCGUUGACAUUACUACACAAGAAGAUUCAGAGAGUUCUAUAAUUGCUGGUAAUAACUCACAAAGUGCUAAUAAAAAUAUACAUACAGAACAAAUCAUAGCAAGUGAUGUAGGUCGGUUUCAAUAUCAAGAUGGUGAAGUUACUCUGUUUCAAAAUCAACGGAAGCUAUCCGAUUUUUUCUUUACACCGUUUCCACAUAUCGAACCAAAUUUAACUGAUUGUAACUAUAAUCAUUUCAGUGGUCAUACCGAACUCACCUUAGUUGUUUCGCUCUAUACUAUAAAUUUACUUGAAUCUGCUAAACAUUAUAUUAAAAACCAGAAUUAUACUUGUCAUACUGAACAUUGUGGAGUUUCACUUUUGCCAAUACACUCCAUCCGUCUCAUUCAAAAAGGACUUCGAACACCUGAGUCUAAAAAUGAAUACACAUUGGAUAGUGAAUGGCAUAGUAAUACACAGCUUCGACAAACGAUUGAAUUUAUUAUUUACACGUCUAAUAUGCCCAUUUGUGAAAGCUUAAAAACUUCAAUCAUGUCACGCUGCCGUCUAUCGAAUUUUGAAGUUCAAUAUUCAUUACAGGGUCAACAGACAGUAACUCGAACUCUCGAAGUGACCACUGAACAUGUAAUGAAAACUUCAAUGUACAAUCAAAUAACGUCUCAAAUCCCUUCCGAUUAUCAAGACACAGUCGCUUUGACUGGCAAUGACUAUAAAAAUUUCUUGAGUGAAAUCAUGGAUCAAAUUACAAUGAAUAUACGAGUUGAGGAAGGUUAUGAAGGCAUGCAAGAUCCAGUUGGAAUCGAUCGAAUACUUGAUGGUCAACUGCAGUAUAAGCAAGUUCAACUGACAACCGUUAAUGAUCGACUUUGGGAAUCACUGUAUUGGACGCCUGAGUUAACGCGACCCGAUCGGUUGUCGAAAAUUCUGAAUAAAGUUAUAAAACAAGAUGCCACUGACCCGGACAAAUUUCACUACGAUUAUUCGCAGGCAGAUAAAGCUAUAAAACAAGAUUUAAAACUUGAUGAACGACAAAAACUUGACAAUUUUCAAAAAAAUUUAACGGCAGAAUCUAAACAGACCACACAUACAAGCGAUAUUGACAGUCAUGUUGGGAUUGAAUCAAGUAGCAGCUUCUUAGGCCUAAUCUCGGGAAGUAUGGAAGUCAAUACAGAUGUUAGUGUUUAUAAUCAAGAUACGAACAAUGAAAGCUCGGUGAAGGAUGAUGCAAUUCACUACAAAACAGAUAUGAACCAACUCAAUAGCACGAAUAAUGAGAGAAAAAAUGUUUCAACAACCAUUUUAGAACGAACAGAUGCGGAAAAGUUGGUUCGGUAUUUGUCCAAUCAUGUUGAAAUCGAAGGUGACAUCAUAAAACCAAAACCAAUCGAUGUUAUACUCGUCAAAGUUGGCAAGUUAAAAUCUAGUACAAAGCUGUUUUCAAAUUCUGUCUUAGUAAAAACUCGAAUGAACAUACACGUUCUACCACUUCGCUGUUCAUCUGAAUAUCAUGAUCGUUUGCUGGCAAACGGUUGGCUUGCAGAAAAAUACCAUCGCUUAUCGACUGAUGUUGAUGCAAUGCGCAAUGAACUGAAGGUAACGCGUAAUGAACUAAAUGAGAUACGCAAUGAACUAAAUGAAAGACACAAAGAACUGAAUGAGACGCGCAAUGAACUGAAGGUAACGCGUAAUGAACUGAAUGACGCGCGCAAUGAACUGAAUGAGACACGCAAUGAACUGAAGGUAACGCGCGAUGAACUAAGUACAAUGAAUUCAACAAUAACUCAAAUGGGGAAUCAAUUGGUUCCAGAAAAAACAGGUAUUUCUUUCACUAUCAAAUGUCUUUUUUUAACGGUAGAGAAAGCUAUCUUUUUAAUGGAAAACGAUUGUUUCCAUCAGUUCUGUUAA